ACAGUUAGACAGACACUGGUCAUGCCAUUUUCCGUGCGCCUUGCUGGGGGCGAGUUUGCGCCCCUCUAGCAGAGAGAGCAGCUAUUUUGAAAGUGACCCCUCAUUCAGGCAGCGACUCUGCAGCUGUCAGGAACCAUGACUGAAGAUGACGGAUUCUGUUGUCGUGGAGGGAUAUGCCAGACUCAGAGAUGGGAAAAAGUGGAAAACUAGGUGGCUCGUUCUUCGCAAGCCGUCGCCUGUAGCAGACUGCCUUGUGCUGCUGGUUUUUAAGGACAAGUCUGACAAAGCGCAGGGCAACAAGGAGAGAGCCAGUGUCACCUUGGAGGAGAUCUGCGGUCUGGAAGUGGGACAGUGGUAUGAAGGAGUGGCUUUUACUCUGGCCAUCGUCUGCCUGAACCAAACUGCUCUCCUGGGCUUCGACAGCAAGGAGGCCCUGCAGGCGUGGGAGGUCCGCCUGCGAUACAGCCUCGGAGAAGUUCACAGAUUCAGUGUUGGAGUCUUACCAGGAACCAAGUUGGAGAGUGGACCUGCAACCCUUCAUUUGUGCAACAACUUACUGGCCCUCGCCCGGGAUGUCCCUCCGGUUAUUAUCGGCCACUGGAACCUUCCAGACCUGCGCAGAUAUGGGCCUGUACCCAAUGGAUUUGUGUUUGAGGGAGGAACAAGAUGCGGUUACUGGGCCGGUGUUUUUUUGCUCGCAUCUGCUGAGAGCGAGCAGAUCAGCUUUCUAUUCGACUGCAUCGUCAGAGGCAUCUCCCCCACCAGAGGCCCUUUUGGUCUGCGGCCAGUUCUCCCAGACCCCAGUGCCAGUCAGGCGAAUUCGGAGGAGAGGCUGAACCACGAGGCCCAGGAGCUGGAGAAACGACUGAGCAUGCUCUCUCACAGGAGCAGCACAGCCUCGUCCUCGUACUGCCCGUCAGCCGGGGGAGACGACCGCAGCAUAUCCGGUUCCUCCGACACUUCAGACACCAGCCAAUCAGACUGCAGUAUUAGCAGCCGGCUGGCCAUUUGGACCGAACCGGCCUCCAACCCAUCUGAAAACGUCGGCCACGUGGUCACCAAAGCGCCGUUGCAGAGCAUUGAGAAGCUGUCUGUCAACCAGGGAGGUGGGAACCGGCCUGCUGCCAAGCCCCCCCGCCAGCUUCAGGAGAUCGGCCGCCAGAGCUCAUCUGACAGCGGCAUCGCCACCGGCAGCCAUUCCUCUUACUCUGGAAGUUUCUCCUCCUACACAGGCAGCCUGGAUAUCACCCCCGGGGAAGACUUUGGGUCUGUUUUCAGCUUGCCUCCCCACUUGGCACAAGACCUGAGUCCCUGUACUUGCCUCACUGUCCCUGGACAUGAAUACCAGGUACCAACAUCACUUCGGUAUCUCUAUGACUCUCCCAGGAAUCUGUUACAGGAAGGAGAUGGGGAUGCCAAAGACAAUGAAUCCAGCACUCCAAAUCAGGACACUCCUGCGCCUUCAGGCCUCACAACAGACUCAGAAAAGGGUGAUAAAAGAAGCACCGUGACCUGUGAGGGUCACUCUGAAACUACUAAAACACGGUCAAUAAGUGAACACAUACCAGACCCCUCAGAGGAGAGUAAGAAAAAGGUGGCGCCCUCUAGUGAGCAUCCAGACUCCUGUCAUAUCUGCAGCUCUCUCACAUCUGUCGCCAAAACCAUCGUGACCAUCUGCUCAGUGUGUGGUGGAUUUAAGGGAACACCGUCCAUCCCUGCCAGUGGUUCAGUGAUACCUGCCAUACCAGACAAAAGGCUUAAUAGUAAAGAGGAAAGACGCAGAGCUGAUCCUGCUUAUGAGAUCAUGGAGAGCCGGGCACCGGAGAGGAACUCAGAGGCCGAAGAAAAGAGCAAGUACGAGCUAAUGGGCAGCUAUGGUCAGCAGAGGUUCCUUCAAGAGACUGAAGGUGCAGUGUUCGUUUUCCCCCGAGAGGCACCGCUUCCUGAACGGCCUCGCAGCGAAGGUGUGACAUAUGUGAAUAUUCCUGUUAGCCCCACAUCCAAAAAGCAACUCAACUACAUGGAGCUAGAGCUGCAGGAGCCGGGUCCUGGCACCCGAGGGACUGUCACACAUCUCCCGCCUCAGAGAAAGAGCUCCACCAAGUAUGCCCAGAUUGACAUCACUGCUACAGAGACGGCCCACAAAGUGGGCACACAGCACGCCCUGGGUCGGCAGGAGGGCCUGCACACUCUGGAGCUGAGAAGAAAGGGGACGCCACAUUGACUUCUUCAUCCAUGAAAUGUUGAUCUCAGCAGGAUGUUUUUGCUCAAGACCAGCAUACGUCAAAGUUUGCAAAAACAUGGCUCUGAGGAGGGUUUUUUUUCAGUCCAGACUGUUCCCAAAAGAUCCUCUGAGGUUUUCUGUGGGAUUCGUUCUCCGUUAUGUUCCAUCUUUUGAAUACAAAUGUUUUUUUUGGAAGUUGCUUCAUUCAGUUGUCUGCCCAGUGUCUGUUUCCUCUCAGAUUCAGACUCGCUUCUGUAAUCUCAAAGCAACUUGAAGAUGGAGCCUCCUCAGAAAAGGUUUGGCACAGGUUCAGGAGCAGCAUUUCAAUCUUCGUCUCUUUUGUGGACUCAGGCAUCUCAUUAAAUGGCAUUAUGUCAGUGUCGGAGCCUCUGGCUAAUUUGGAAGUUGUGCCAGUUCUGAGCUGCGUCACCGGCCCCCAGUAAACCCCGAGAGCAGAGGCAUUUCACAGCUGACUCGCGCCAUCACUAAUAACACGCAAUAUGAUGGGGUUUUUUAUGCUUUGUCCCCCAACGAAGCAGGGUGGCUGCAGGAUAGAAGGCAGAGAUGGGGUUUAGAGGUGUUCACACUCAUUUAUUCCUCAGUGAUAACCACAUCAGUAAUUCCACAUGUAGUUGCACAAAACUUUUUAGCAUAAUCAUAUUUGGGGAAACUUUCCAUUCAGUCUUACUCAAAAUGCUGCAAAUUUCAGGCACGCUGUUUCAAAAAAGAAAAAAGAAAAAAAUUAAAGAUUUAUGUUUGUACAAGUAAAAGCAGGAUAAUGAAUGGUUCUGCAUAAUACUUCCACAGUGUGCAUAGGGACUUUUCUUUGCCUGGGUAUAACUAAAGGAUUGGUGUUUAUCAUAGGAACAGAAUCUCAUUGCUGCCAUAUUUUGUCUGAUUCAGUCUAUAUGUAUUAUUAUUUACUGUGGAAAAGUCUUCAUAAACAAUGCAAAACAGAGAAGGUGAAAAUCAUUGGAUUUCACCCAGCAACAAGUGUAUCCAGAACCCACUGUCUGUCACUCAUGGCCUUUCUUUUUCCAAAUUAUGUAUUUGAAGAACGGUUUGAAGUUCUUGUUUUUUUUUAAUUAACAAAAAAAUUUAAAUCCUUUCUAUUAUUCCUAAUUGUGUGUGCACAUAUAGGCAUUUUUACUGAAAUAUAAAAGGAAAUAGUUUAUGUUUUGUAGAACUAUUUCAGUCACCCAUUCUAGUCACUACAUUGCUCUUGUCUCAUGCUUAACUCAAAUUACACUCUAUUGUAAUAUCUGUACUGUAAAUACAUUUUCUUUCUAUUUAGGUGAUGUGGAUUGUUAUGAAAUAUACAUGUGAAGACAUAAUGUAUGUACAGAGAAGAUGUAUUGAAAGAGUUCAUGGACAGUGCCCGUUUCCUAAGGCACUAUUUUUUCCUUGUAAUACUAUUUUUCUUGUAAAUUAUUUAUAACAUUAAGUCAUGCUUUGAUGUGCGUGUUUGGAUUUUUUUUUAGAGCUACAGUAGGUCAUAUAUGGGACGUUUUCCCCCAUGUACAGUUGUAAACCAGUUUAGUACAAUAUUAUAUAAAGCAUUGUUACAAUUGAUGUA